CAGUUUUUUCCUUUCUCAGACACUCAGCGGGUUAGAGAGUAUGGGUAUACAUAUUUAGAGAUCUCCGCUAAGGACAUAAAGACAUAUUAACUCAUGGACUGCUCAUCACUGCUGUUACUGUUGUUGCUAAAAUUAAUUGGAAUCCUUUUCCAAGAGAUACCAGGGUCUCUGGCUCAGGACUGGAGUGUGUCUUAUACACCGAGCAGACUGUGCGCUCUUCAUCACUCCUCUGUUGUGUUACCCUGCAAAUACACCUACCCCAGCGGUCAAGUGGUCACCAGUUCUGCAUGGCAUUACAGGAGGUCAAACAGCACGACGAUUGAAAGACGUGUAGCGCAUUCUCUAGCCGAUGAGUCAAACUGCUCUCUCCUGCUGGACAGCGUGACUCAAGACGAUGCUGGUGUUUAUCAGUUCAGCUUCAGGACCAGGGACUCCACCCAGGAUCUGACAAAUGAAGAUGGGGUUACGCUGGAAAUAACAGAUCUCCAGGUGGACAUGGAGCCAGUGUCAGACAAGGUGUUGGAGGGAGACUGGGUGAUGUUGAUCUGUGGCUCCUGCAUUCCUUCCCUUACUGUUCCCACCUAUACCUGGUACAAAGACGGACGUCAGUACAAGCAAAAACAUGGAGACUACCAGUUGGAGCUAACAAACAUUAAAGUGGAGGAUGAAGGCAGCUACCAGUGCUCCAUCAGUGGCCAUGAAGGCCUGCUCUCCUCAGCUGUGAAAUUCACUGUUAACUAUCCUCCAAAGAACGUCUCAGUGUCCAUCAGCUCCUCUGGUGAGAUAGUGGAGGGCAGUUCAGUGACUCUGACCUGCAGCAGUGAUGCUAAUCCACCUGUGGAGAUCUACACCUGGUUUAAGGGGAAGACAUCAGUAGAAAAAGGAAAGACCUACAACAUCUCCAACAUCAGCGCUGAGCACAGUGGAGAGUACAAGUGCAAGUGCAGUAAUGAAGUCGGACAUCAGGACUCCAUCGGUGUAACUCUGAAUGUUCUGUAUCCUCCAAAGAAUGUCUCCGUGUCCAUCAACUCCUCUGGUGAGAUAGUGGAGGGCAGUUCAGUGACUCUGACCUGCAGCAGUGAUGCUAACCCACCUGUGGAGAAGUACACCUGGUUUAAGGGGACAACAUCAGUAGGAAAAGGAAAGACCUACAUCAUCUCCAACAUCAGCACUGAGGACAGUGGAGAGUACAAGUGCAAGUCCAGUAAUGAAGUUGGACAUCAGGACUCCAACAGUGUAACUCUGAAUGUUCUGAAUCCUCCAAAGAACGUCUCAGUGUCCAUCAGCUCCUCUGGUGAGAUAGUGGAGGGCAGUUCAGUGACUCUGACCUGCAGCAGUGGCGCUAACCCACUUGUGGAGAACUACACCUGGUUUAAGGGAGAAGCAUUAAUAGGAAAAGGAAAGACCUACAUCAUCUCCAAGAUCAGCACUGAGGACAGUGGAGAGUAUAAGUGCAAGUGCAGUAAUGAAGUCAGACAUCAGGACUCCAUCGGUGUAACUCUGAAUGUUCUGUAUCCUCCAAAGAAAGUCUCAGUGUCCAUCAGCACCUCUGUUGAGAUAGUGGAGGGCAGUUCAGUGACUCUGACCUGCAGCAGUGAUGCUAACCCACCUGUGGAGAUCUACACCUGGUUUAAGGAGAAAGAAUCAUCACCUGUAGGAUCCGGAAAGAGUUACAGAGCUCUACAGAGUGGACAGUACUACUGCGAGGCUCAGAAUAAACACGGCUCUGAGAGAUCAGCUACAGUGUCCGUCACUUUAAGCGGUGGCUCUGUGAUUGUGUAUGUGGCUGUUGGAGUUGGACUUUUUGGGAUUGCAGCUCUUCUCUCUGCACUCUGCUGGCUGAGAAGCAAGAGACAGAAGAACCAGAAAGAAGAAUAUGAAUGCCAGACCGCUGGACUGAGUGCUAAAGACGACACGUACGCAGCUCUCGAUCUCACAGACCGGACAUCUGAUGAUGUGUAUCACACACUUGCAAUUGCUCAUCCCAGUCCUGCUGCUGACACGCCCACGUGCUCUGACUGAGAAUAUGGCACUGAUGGAGCACCAGCUAUGAUGAGCGCAACUUGAACAGCAAGACAUACCCAGACGUUCCUACAUUUCUGAACUAUCACUGCAUCAUUCAUCAGCAGGCUACAUGUGUAAAGGUUAUAGGGUUAGAACGUGUCAUUGCACCUGUUUUUAAAAUGAUUAACUCCAUUCUCACAAAGACCAAACAACGCAGAAGCUUCAAACUUUUUUCUUGAGGAAUUAUGUGCUGAGUAUGAUGACGUUCUUCUCCUCACUGAAAUCAGACAGCUAAACAGAGGUAAGAUACUGCAACAGUUUCUUUCCUUGCUUAAUGAAAUCAAAGCCUUCAUGGAAUCAAGAGAGAAAGACACAACGCUAUUGUUCGAUGCUGGUUGGCUGCUUGAUCCUGCAGUACUGAUGGAUAUAACACAGAAACUGAAUCACCUGAACCUACAAUAACAAGGUAAAACCAUCUGUGACAUGAUCAGUGCUGUGAAAGCCUUUAAAGCAAAACUGGCAUUUUACCUCCAGCAAGUAGAAAAUAAAAGACUGCAGCACUUCCCCUCAGCUGUAAAGAUAUUGGAAAACCAUGCAGAGACUGCUGGUGUUUUGGAUGUUCAGAAUUAUUGUGGAUGUACAGAAAAAUACUGUGACCCGCUCUUAAGCUUCAGCAGGAAUCUUUUCUGGAAUUUGAGGACAGGUUUAAUGAUUUUGAUUUUGAAGCCGGAGCCCUGUGUUGCCAACCACUUCAUGGAGGUAAUGUGCGUGAGGUUGCUGGCUGAACUGUUCAAUCCUGUAGAGAUAGAGAUGCAGAUUUUAAAUCUCUAACAUGACGUCCAAAUAAAAUCUAAACUAAAUUCCCAACAUUUCCGGAUCUUGCUCGACUCAGAAAACUACAAGAAUAAUCAGCAGGCAGCUCUGAAAAUACAUGCUUUAUGUGUCUCCAUAUACCUUUGUGAAGCAGCUCUUUCUGAGAUGAAUUUAAUUAAAUCUAAAUUCAGAACAAGGCUAACGGAUGAACAUUUAAAUGACUCUAUAAGAGUCAGUAGAUACAUGCCAGCAUACACCUUUCUUGUGAACUCAAUACGGUGCUAGUCGUGUCACUAAUUGUGCAAGAAUGAAUGAACGUACUUCUUGCACACAUAUGAACUCUAAAAUGAGACGGAGCCACAUGAUUGGCUUAUAUUAAGGGAAGUAAUGCAUGAUGUAUUGAUUAUUGUGCAUGUAGUUUUGGAAUUUCAUAUGAAUUUAAGCUGGGUUGAUGUGAGCUUGAUAAAUAGGAA